AUGAAUACCAGUACCCUUUCCCCUUCUCCAUCUCCAACAACCUUUGCUUCUCCUAGGUUGUCCAAAUCAUGUACAUCACUUUCUCUCUUCUUCUCCAACAACAACCUCGUUCCUUCUUCUUCCAAACCCACAACCAUUCAACUUCCCACCAAAAGGGGUUUUCAUACCACUGGAUUCCGCUGUAACAGUAGCUUCUUCCCUGGUGGACCUCCCUCCGGUGAUGGUGAUAGCAGCAGCAAAAAUGUUCUGGAUGCAUUUUUCUUGGGAAAGGCUCUGGCUGAAACUCUGAAUGAGAGAAUUGAGUCGACGGUUGGUGAGUUUUUGAGUAAUGUUGGAAGACUGCAAGCUGAACAACAAAGACAAGUUCAGGAAUUUCAGGAAGAAGUGUUGGAUAGAGCAAAAAAAGCAAAGGAAAAAGCAGCGCGUGAAGCUACCGAGACACAACCACAGGGUCUGGUUUCCGAGACUGUAGCUUAUACAGAAGUCGUCGUGGAUUCAGCUUCUUCAUAUUCUUCAACCGAUUCGGUUACUUCAAUACAAUCUACUGAUGCUUCUGAAACAUCCACUAAGCCCACCAUAGGGGAGGAUCCCACGGAUCCCACUUUAAGUUCAUAA